AUGUGGGAGACAUCGGCUUUCAUACGGUUUAUCGAUCGGAAACUAAUUGCCGAACAAAUGUCAUCAAUGAAACAAUUUCAACAAUCAAUGAUACAAAAGCUUAGGGAUCACUACAAUGGUUACGAUUCUGAGGCCAAUCUGAGAGACAUUUGCGAUGGUUUGAUAACAGAAGCAGCAAAAUACCGAUUGGCAAUCACCGAAAUUGGUGGACAGUUGUCGUCGGAAAAAACUAGACAACAAAAUCAAUAUCUGGUCGAUGAUAACCUUGGUAUGUGUGUAUACGACAUAUUUAUUGCCGGUACCGAAACAACAAACUAUACGUUCGUAUGGAUGAUAUUGUUUAUGACAUACUAUCCGGAAGUACAGCUAAAAUUGCGCCGCGAAUUGGCGACAGUAAUCGGCGAUCGAUUGCCCAGUCAUGAGGACAGACAACGGUGUGACUAUACGAUGGCAUACAUAUCGGAAAUAUUGAGAUUCAGAAAUAUUGUUACGGAAGGAGUGUCCCAUAAAGUAUUAGUUGACGAAAAAUUAGGCAACUAUUUCAUACCAAAAGAUACAGUAGUGAACGUAUAUCAGGGAAUAGUUAUGCGAAACGACGACGAAAACUACUGGUCCCGCGGUCUAGACUUUAUGCCCGAACGCUUUCUGGACGAAUCGGAUGGACACUAUCGUAAACCAUCGGCGGCUUAUAUACCGUUUGGCGGCGGCUCUCGCAAGUGUAUCGGCGAACGGUUUGUCUAUUCAAAAUUGUUUCUGAUUUUGGUUCGUCUAUUGCAACGAACAACUCAUAUAGUAUUGGACACCAAUGGAGGAGUCGGUAUUAAUCCCGAUAUCAAUGACUUUUGUGUGCCGUUUGAGUUUAAAAUCAAAUUGCAAACAAAAUAA